UCUUCAACAUCGCAGUCGCCACUUCUAAUAGCAACAUGUUAUUUAAGGUAACGCUUGUGGUUUUGGUGGCCGCCUUGGCAUCGGGCUAUCCAGACGUAUAUGAGCCAGUCUACUAUCCGGAGCCUCUGCCGUACUACUUCAACUACGACGUCCACGACGACUACAAGGGAACGCACUUCGACAGGAACGAGAAAUCCGACGGCAAGGCUUUGUACGGCUCCUACACCGUCGCCCUCCCAGACGGCCGCAAACAACACGUCGAAUACACUGCUGAUCACUACAAGGGAUACGUGGCCAAGGUCAGCUACUAUGGAAAGGCCAAGCACCCCAAGUACUAUGGUCCUGCCAUCACCUUCAAGCACAAGGGUGAUGAUUAUCACUAAUUGAACGAAGCCUAUAUGUGUCCAUGAU